CAAGCCACUAACUCUGUUCUUUAUGUAAGCCUGGGGAGUAUAGUUGUUAUGGAUAAAAAGGAGUUCAUUGAGACAGCUUGGGGAUUGUUCAAUAGUAACCAACCAUUCUUAUGGGUAGUUAGGCCAAGUUCUACGGAUGGUUCAACGUCGAUUGAACAUGACUUACCUAAUGGCUACUUGGAAGCAGUUGGAGAUCGAGGUCGUAUAGUAAAAUGGGCACCACAAAAAGAAGUUUUGGCACAUCCUGCAGUCGGAGGAUUUUGGAGUCAUUGUGGUUGGAAUUCGACAUUAGAAAGUAUUGUUGAAGGGGUUCCCAUGAUUUGCAGGCCAUGUUUUGGUGAUCAGAAUGUGAAUGCAAGAUACAUAACGCAUGUAUGGAAAGUAGGCCUUGAAAUAAGGCAUGAUGAUUUGACUAGAUGUGUCAUAGAAAGUACAAUAAGAAAACUUAUGGUGGAAGAAGAAGGCAUAGAAUUGAGGCAAAGAGUACUUGAAAUGAAACAACAACUCCAGAUGUCUUUUCAAGAUGGUGGCUCAUCACAUAACUCCUUGAAUAGUUUAAUAGAAUUCAUGGAAUCUCUGAUCAAGAUCUAAGUAGAAAAAGAUCGCGUAUUCUUGCGAUGCGAUUGUUCAAAAUAACAGUGGAACUACUUCCUGAGCAGCAAAGAAUGACAUAAGUGAUCUUAGAAGAGGCAAGAACU